UCCACGAUGGAAGACUGCGCGUUUGAGUGUCCUUGGCAACGCCAUGCUUCCGCCUUCUGGAAGCCUGCACGCCAGCUUCGGGGAACGAUGCCUCUGGAGGUCGUGGUGGAGCUGCAGAUCCGGGCGAUUUCUUGCCCAGGGGUGUUCCUGCCUGGCAAGCAAGAUGUGUACCUCGGGGUCUACCUUCUGAAUCAGUACCUGGAGACAAACAGCUUUCCUUCUGCGUUCCCCAUUAUGAUUCAGCAAAGCAUGAGAUUUGAAAAGGUAUUUGAAAAUGCAGUAGAUCCUGGAGCUGUAGCAGACAUUUUGGAAAGCUUCCUAACCAGGUUUGAAUUAAUACAGCUAGUUCCUCCAGUGUGGGAUGAGUUGGCCUGCUAUGAAGAAAACACACGGGAUUUUCUUUUCCCUGAGCCCAAGCUGACACCUUCGUAUCCUAAGAGGUAUAGGGAGGUGCUCAUGAAGACGGCUGUAGGUUUUCCGGGCAUUGCUCCCAAAAUAGAGUUUUCUACAAGGACAGCCAUCAGAGAAUGUGUGUUUCUGCACAGAAACAGAUUUCUUGAAGAAAGACAUAAGUCACAAAGGCCUUUAUUUACAUCACAUGAACCAAUAUUAAAUACUAUAAAGAUGAAACCAAAGGAGAAUAAUCUCAAUAGACUGCCCAAAGGCAUGCAAGCCUGGGCUCCCUCUCCAUAUUCUACCAGGCGUUUCUUCCAGGACCAGCCAGCCCAGUUGAACCUUGGAAAUAAUUUCAAAAUCUUUGAAGGAAGCAAGCCUCCAUUCGUUGUUAGACAUGUGGACAGUGCAAAGCCCUUUGGUGAGAAUAUUUCAGAGCAUCAUUUGAGGAGGUCUAGAAGAAAAUCUAAGUUUUCAGACUUUCCGUUUCCAAUGAGAAGAGCUUCUUCUCUUGACAGCCUUGCAGCUAACAUAAAGGUUAUCAAAGAGCCAGAUGAACGGAUUGUUUUAAGGAGCGAGUCAUCAUCACGUUUAGAUUCAAGUAAAUUUGGAAAGCCCUCACCCAGUAAACAAGGAGAUGCCAGUUUCCAUGGGAAAGCUUCAUUUUCUACCUCCCAGCAUUCCAGUUCUCCUGGCCCCCUGGAUCAGCCCCUUCUCCGAGAAAGGUUCCAUCCUGGUUCUCAGUCCACAUGGAAGAAUAUCCAUGAGAGGGUAUGCAGUCUUCUGACAGCCCACAGAGCUCAGCAGCACAAAAACAAGGAAGAUUCUACAUCUGAAGUAAAUUAUGUCAUUGAAAGACCAAGCUACUCUCUGAAGCAAUACCCACUGCGUGAACAGAGAUAUUUUUAAGCUACUGUCUUAUAUAAAACUACCAAUCUGGUGCUGGAAAUGAAGUUGAGAGAGUCAGCAAUGUCACUCUGUGACCCUCAAGUACAAGAAAUGGCCAGUGAAUGACCUCACCUAGGCAUUAUGCCUUGUAAAUUGCUGUGCUUUAUCUUGGUUUCAGGCAAAUUUGGAAACAGCAGAUUUGGGACAAGGAAAAUCACCAGAAGAUUUUCCAGAUCCCAAAGGAGGUCAGAGUCUCAUAGGGCAUAACCUUUCUUUACCCAUUAACAGAGUCAGAACCUUGGGCUGGAUUAAGGAUUACAGAAAGGUCCCCAAAGUCAAAGGCUGCUAGGAAGAACUGCCCUUCUGGGAGUAUGCAGGCCAGGCCCACGUGGUAGGGCCACUCCCAGAACUAAGAAAGGUGAAGAUUGUGAAAAUAAGUAAUUCAGAAUAUCAGCUGUUGAAACUUUAUUUUGAGCUUUAAGAGAAUGUGAUUAGGAACUUGAAUGGAACAAAUAGACAGCUAUUUGUUUAUCUGAUUAUAGAUUAGCCUUUUCCUUACCUACAUUGUUUUGUAAAACAUUGUAAAUGACUAAAGGGUGCCAGGGAAGACCCCUUCCUUCUAAGUGUGGAUCUUCAUUAUAGAUUAACCUCCCUGUUUCCUCUUUCACACAAAGGUUUCAUGAUUAUCACACUGUCUAGGAUGGAAUGUUAAAUACUCACUUUUAAAUUGGAAAGGAAAUGAAAAGCUGUAUGGAAAAGAAAAUAAGCUAAUU